AUGGUUGUCGAAGUUUUGCACCCCGGACGUGCCACCGUUCCUAAAGCUGAUAUCAAGGAGAAGAUUGCCAAGAUGUACAAAACCACUCCUGAUGUCGUAAUUCCGUUUGGCUUCCAGUCUGCCAUUGGAGGUGGAAAGACAAAAGGAUUCGCGCUUGUCUAUGACACACUAGAUUACGCAAAGAAGUUUGAGCCCAAGUACCGCCUCAUUCGUAUGGGACUCGUACAAAAAGUCGAUAAGGGUGGCCGUAAGCAACGUAAGGAAAGAAGAAACCGACAAAAGAAAGUUCGCGGUGUCAAAAAGGCAACCGUUACGGCAGGAAAGAAGUAA